CGCCAACGCCGCUGCCCAAGCCGUGGCCGGCUCCGCCUUCCAGGCGCAGGACGGGACACGGCUCGGCUGGCACCUGCCCACCGCUGCAGGGACGCCGAAGGGCCCGGAGCAGCCGCGCGAGCCUCGAUCGGUCGGCUAGGGCGGCGGCGCGAUGUGGAAGCUGCCGGUGGUGCCGCUGCUGAUCAACCUGGGCGGCUCGGUGCUGGGCUGCUGGGCCACGCUGCGCCUGAUCCCCGCCUUCCGCGAGCACUUCCUGGCGGCGCGGCUGUGCGGGGCCGACCUGAACAAGCCCUCCAGGCAGCCCGUCCCCGAGUCGCAGGGCGUGAUCAGCGGCGCCGUCUUCCUGAUCCUCCUCUUCUGCUUCAUCCCGGUGCCCUUCCUGAGCUGCUUCGCCGGGGAGCGCUGCCAGGCCUUCCCGCACCACGAGCUGGUGGCGCUGGUGGGCGCCCUGCUGGCCAUCUGCUGCAUGAUCUUCCUGGGCUUCGCCGACGACGUGCUCAACCUGCGUUGGCGGCACAAGCUGCUUCUGCCCACGGCCGCCUCCCUGCCCCUGCUGAUGGUCUACUUCACCAACUUCGGCAACACCACCAUCGUGGUGCCCAAGCCUUUCCGGGUGCUGCUGGGCGUCUACAUGGACCUGGGGAUAUUCUACUACGUGUACAUGGGCAUGCUAGCUGUCUUCUGCACCAACGCAAUCAACAUUCUGGCUGGGAUUAACGGUCUGGAAGCCGGGCAGUCUCUGGUGAUUGCUGCCUCCAUCAUUGCUUUCAAUAUUGCAGAGCUAACGGGGGAUUGCAAGGAUGACCACGUCUUCUCCCUCUACUUCAUGAUUCCCUUUUUCUUUACCACACUGGGACUGCUCUACCACAACUGGUACCCCUCCCGUGUGUUUGUGGGAGACACCUUCUGCUACUUCGCUGGCAUGACCUUUGCCGUGGUGGGCAUCCUUGGGCACUUCAGCAAGACAAUGCUUCUCUUCUUCAUCCCACAAGUGGCAAACUUCCUCUACUCGCUGCCUCAGCUUUUCCACAUCAUCCCAUGCCCCCGCCAUCGGUUACCCAGAUUCAACACAGACACAGGGAAGCUAGAGAUGAGCUACUCGAGAUUCAAGUCAAAGAACCUCUCUCCUUGGGGAGCAUAUACCCUCAAGGUAGCUGAGAAACUCUGCCUGGUGAAUGUGCGUCAGGGAACAGACAAAGAUGGAGAAUUUACAGAAUGCAAUAACAUGACCCUUAUUAACUUUGUGCUGAAGCUGAUAGGACCAACUCCUGAACAAAACUUGACAGUUCUGCUGCUGCUAAUCCAGCCUGAAUGCUGUCCUGCCCAGGUGGGAAGCCACUGUCUCCGUCGGGAAGAUCAGACCAGCCAAAGGGUCCAACUGUCAGCCUCUUCUAGACGCAGCUUGGAAGCAACAUUUUCCCCUCUGGUGAUCUCAGGCUGCCCAUGGGCCUCUUGCAUCCUUGGGAGGGAAUCCAACGGAGUCAACGCCUGUAGCAACGGGUGAAGCAGGGGACACUCAGCUUCAUAAAUGGUUUCCUUGCCCUUUACUACAGGGAAGGAUCUGAUUUUGGUUUCUUCACUUUGUGCUGAAAAGAACUUCAUGUGUUUGAGAUAUUGCUUUGAAGCCUGUUUAGAACUGCUGUACUAUCACCUUUCCCACAAACUUUGCUGGGUAUAAAUUUGUACUGUGUUUUUCUACA